UUUAUAGAUGGCGGUACUAGUCACAGAUUGUACAUACACAAUUGUAUAUAUUUUCAAGAUCUCAAAAUGAUUCUAGAUUCUUUUAUCCAAAAGAUAGUAUUCAUACUCUAAUUCUUUUAGAUAAGCGCUAUUCGAUUUAAUAGUUUGAUUAACGGCACGUUAGAGUGAACUUUAUUGAAGCGUCCUAACUUUGAAAUUUGAAACUAACCUGAUACGCAGUGGUUUAACCUGCUGAUUCAAGCAAAUAAAUCACAUGUUACUUUUACUUAGUAAUUUUAAUAUUUAAUCCAUUUUGUAUGUGAUAAGGAUCAGUGCAAUUAAUGAAACUGAAGGUCGGUAAAAAUACUUUGAUUUCAUAUUUGAUCAAAAUUAUACAGCUGCAUCAUGUUGGAGCAUGUGAACAAAGAAUUGGUGCCUAUGAAGGCACAUUAUUUUCUUUAUAAUGCAGCUACUGGACCUAUUGUACCUUUUCUACCAACAAUUGCAAAACAAUUGGGAUUCUCUAGUAGCCUUGUGGGCACUAUUUAUACUAUUUUGCCUAUCUCAGGAUUAAUAGCCAAACCACUGUUUGGUGGUUUGGCUGAUAAAUUUAGACUGCACAAAACAAUAUUCCUUAUAUUUCAAGUCAUUCUUGCUAUAGGGUUUUUCACAAUCAAUUUUAUUCCUGAAAUUGAAAGCAGUGCAGAAGUAACCUUUACUUGCGACAGGGGUAUUUCAUUUAUAGAAGUUUGCUCCACAAAAGGAUUUUCACCCAAAAUAACUUACGAUGCAUUAAAUUCCAUAACACUGUACUCCAAUUGUCAGCUGUCCUGUAAUAUAACCAAUAACACAUACAAUGAAUCGUGUUCUAAGCCUAAUGCAACACAAUUUUGUCAAUUAAUUCGCACGAAUGUCAUAGAAGGAACAACAUUUAACUUUACUGUAGGGUUUAAUAUGUAUCAGAACUUACCAACAGGCAAUUGUGUAAACGUACGCGUAUUGAACAUGACAUUCUCUGAGAGUGUUGUACACGCACCUGCCUGUAGUUUUAACUUGAGAACCUCAUGCAUGGCAAGCUGCCGUAAUAACCCCAUCAUGAACCAUUUACUCGAGGAAGUAAGGAAUGGUCGCAAUGUAUCACAAACCUCUACAUAUCAAUUUCAUUUAUUCUUAUGGGCAGCUAUUGUAAGCUGGGUUGGCAUGGCUGUUGUUGUUAGUAUAGCAGAUGCUAUCUGCUGUGCUCUGUUAGAUUUUCGAAUUUUAGGGGAUGAAAACAGAAAGGAUUAUGGCAAACAGAAAAUGUGGGGCAGUAUAGGCUUUGGAAUUUUUGGAAUAAGUGCUGGCUACCUCAUAGAUGUUUUCAGUCGUGGUCAAUCACAAAAAGAUUAUACCUGCAUAUUUUACAUCAUGCUUAUUGCCAUGAUUCUUGACAUUAUAGUAUCAUUUACUAUAAAGAAGAAAAAUAUUGAGUACUCUAAAGGAGACCCAUCCGUUUUGUGGGAAUUAUUGUCUGUCGGAAAGGAAGGUAGAGUACUAGUGUUUGGCUGGUGGUGCAUCGGGGCAGGAAUGUGCACUGGUGUAGUUUGGAACUUUUUAUUCUGGUACACUGAAGACAUAGCGACACAUUCUGAAGCAGCUUGGAUAAAAACUGUUCAAGGAUUGCUUACAGGUGUUCAAUGUUUCCUGGGAGAGUUGCCUUUUAAUUUUAUCUCGGGUGCCGUCCUACGUAAACUCGGCCACGUCAAUGUCAUGAGCUUUGUACUUCUUAUCUACGCUGCUAGAUUUAUGGCCUACAGCAUGGUUAGGAAUCUGUGGGUAUUUCUACCAUUAGAAAUAUUGCAUGGUCCCACGUUGGGACUGUGCUGGCCCACAAUGGUUUCCUACGCAGACAAAGUCGCGCCUUCUGGCAUGAGAGCUACUAUGCAGGGUUUCGUAGGUGCUGUCUUUGAAGGUGUAGGUGUAUCAGCAGGCAGUUUGUUGUGCGGGUGGCUAAUGAAUGUUUAUGGCGGUGUCGUAACAUUCCGAAUCUUCUCAAUAGGAGCACUCAUUUGGCUAGCAAUUUACUGGAUAUUACAGCUACUAUUACAAAAAGCUAAAGCGAGUCCUAUUCAUCAAGGCCAUAAUCAUUUAGCCAGUUAUGCAACACCUGAUGAUGCGAUCCUCUUGACAAUGAACCAGGAACUGCAGACCUACUAACAGGAAGACAGUGAUUAAUAAAUGAAAGUGCGAAGCAUGUAAGGUGUUUGCCCAAGUCAUGGCAGGACAAAACUGCUGGAACAGCUUGAAAGGGAUGGAUGGGUCUUAUAAUUUUAUCUUAUCCGUCACAUUAUCUUAAUUGCUAUAUUACAGCAUUAACCGACUACUAAGUCGUCUGAUAAUUUACCCUAUGCGCUCAACACAUUACUUUAUGACAUGACAAAGUCGUACUAUUCCAACUGGACGCAUUUUUUGACAUAACUGUGGAAACUGUGGAAGUGUCUUAUUUAAUGUAGCUGAUUAGAUGUCACACAAUGUAACAUGCAUAUAGAAGAAUUUAUACGUUCAGUAUUAGAAAAUGGCACUAUUAUUAUAUGUAAUAUGUAUGACAACACGUAUUAAUAUAUUUCAUCAUAUUUUGCUACCAUAAACAUGACAAAAAGAACGUACGUCUCUCCUGUAUCAAGAGAUAGCAUUAGGGAUUACAGGAAAUAAAGUGAUUUGAGAGA